AUGACGAAUUGCAUAAGAGCUUAUUACCUCAUAAACUCCUCUUCAAAACUCUCCUUCGUUCCAACCUCAUUCCCUUUGUCCUCUUCGCUCUGCAACGCAGAUACUUGCUUGCUUCUAAUGGAAAUGAACCAGCCUCUUUUUGUCAAAGACGCUGUUCUGAAAUUGCAAUUGUCCCUCCUUGAUGGCAUCCAAAGUGAAGAUCAGCUGUUUGCUGCCGGAUCUUUGAUAUCGAGAAGUGACUAUGAAGAUGUUGUAACCGAAAGGUCCAUUACUAAUGUGUGUGGUUAUCCUUUGUGCCACAAUGCUUUGCCAACUGAACGCCCUCGGAAGGGUAGAUAUCGAAUUUCGUUGAAGGAGCACAAGGUGUAUGACCUGCACGAAACUUACAUGUUUUGUUCUUCAAGUUGUAUCGUUAGCAGCAAAGCUUUUGCUGGGAGCUUGCAAGAUAAGAGGUGCUCGGUUUUAGACCCGGAGAAACUGAACAAUGUUCUUAGGUUGUUUGGGAAUUUGAAUAUGGAACCAAUGGAAAAUUUUGGAAAGGAUGGAAAAUUAGGUUUUUCUGGCUUGGAAAUCAAGGAUAAAACAGAAACUGGCACUGGCGAGGUGUCUUUGGAGCAGUGGAUUGGACCAUCUAAUGCAAUUGAGGGCUAUCUACCAAAAAAAAGAGACAACAGUUCUAAGGGUUCUCAGAAAACUACUAAAAAAGGGUCCAAAACUAUUCGUGGGAAGUCGAAUGAUGACAAAAGUUCAAUUAUCAGUGAGUUUGACUUCACGAGUACAAUAAUCAUGCAAGAUGAAUACACUGUUUCAAAAUUAUCAUCAGGGCAAACAGACACAACUUGUGAUGAACAAAUAAAUCCAACAGCCAUAUUGGAGCAGCCCAAAAGGGUUGGCAAUAAAGUAGCCAGGAAAGAUGAUGAUAUACAAGACCUGUCUUCAUCCUUUAAGAGUAGUCUUAUUUUAAGUCCCUCAAAUAACAAAACGGAAAUAGCCAAAUCAUCUGAAGAUGUUCUCAAACCCUCUCUCGCUCCUUCUAUUGAAAAGAAAGUUCUCAAAGGAGAAACAAGUAUAGUUGCUGCUAACGGCAAUGUUUCCACUUCCAAUUUAGUUCCUGCCAAUGGUGAAGGGAAAUUCCAAAUUGAAAAAACAAUUGGAUCUUCCCCGACUAAACCCAAAUCUUCUCUUAAAUCUGAUGGUAGAAAGAAACUCUGUCGCUCUGUUACAUGGGCUGAUGAGAAAACCAACAGCUCUGGGAGUAAAGAUCUUUGUGCAGUUAAAGAAUUUGGGAACAUUAAAAAGGAAAGUGAAGUGCCAGAUAAUAUAAAUGCUGCUGCGGAUGAAGAUGUGUUACGUUCUGCAUUAGCAGAAGCUUGUGCAAUUGCAUUGAGCCAAGCAUCGGAAGCAGUUGCAUCAGGAGACGCAGACGCCAAUGAUGCUGUUUCUGAAGCUGGAAUCAUUAUAUUGCCUCAUCCUCCCAAUGUUGUUGAAGAAGGUACUAUGGAUGAUGAUGACAUUCUAGUUGAGGAAGGUACUAUGGAUGAUGAUGACAUUCUAGUUGAGGAAGGUACUAUGGACAAUGAUGACAUUCUAGAAGAAAAUUCAGUUACUUUGAAGUGGCCAAGGAAACCUGGAAUUUCCGAAUUUGAUUUGUUCGAUUCUGAAGACUCAUGGUUUGAUGCUCCACCAGAAGGUUUUAGCCUGACUUUGUCACCUUUUGCUACUAUGUGGAAUGCCUUCUUUUCAUGGAUAACAUCAUCUUCUUUGGCACAUAUAUAUGGGAGGGACGUAAGUUUUCACGAAGAGUUUCUAUCAGUUAAUGGGAGAGAAUAUCCUAGCAAAAUUGUCUUGACAGAUGGUCGAUCAUCUGAAAUAAAACAAACAUUAGCCAGAUGUCUUGCUCGAGCUUUACCUGCAGUUGCUGCUGAGCUCAGGCUGCCAAUACCACUAUCUACAUUAGAACAAGCGGUGGUAUUCUUGCUGGAUACAAUGUCUUUUGUGGACGCACUACCAGCAUUCAGAAUGAAACAAUGGCAAGUGGUUGUUCUAUUGUUCGUAGAUGCAUUGUCUGUUUGCAGAUUACCUACUCUUAUCUCAUACAUGACGGAUAGGAGGGACUUGUUUCUCAAGGUUCUGAAUGGUUCACAAAUAGGGAAGGAUGAGUAUGAUGUUUUGAAGGAUCUCAUUGUACCACUUGGUCGAGCACCUCAUUUCUCUUCUCAAAGUGGAGCGUGA